AUGAAGCGGGUGCUAGUAAUUAAUGGUGAUUCUUAUGUCGGCAAGCACGUCGCCCGCACCUUUUACAAUUCUCAUGAGUAUGAGGUUGAGAUAACCCUCUCCAGGACGUCCAACGAGAAUUCCUUAGACCCCCAUAACCCCACUAGCUUGCCUUUGAUGUUUAACCAUUCCCCCUCGACGGAGGUCCCGCCGGAUAUGAGGACCUAUGUCUCGCGAGUGGUCACCAGCCAUAAGGAAUCCCCCCGAGAGUUUUGCCAGAAGGUGCUCGAAAACGACAUCAUUAUUGCCAUUCUCGAGGACGACGCGCACGAUGCGGAGUGCGCGGCGAAAGUUCUCCUCGGCUCGCACUACGAGGUGGAGAAGACGUAUGUGUUGGUCUCCUCGAUUUUCACCUGGGCCGAGACCCUCAACUCGGAGCGCGCAAAGGUGCGGGCGGAGCGGCGACGGGAGGCCGCCCUCGAGCGCGCCGCCGAGCGCGAGUUCGACGACGACGACGCCGACCCUGCCGAGGUGGGGGCGGAAACGCGCGAUGCCGCCCCCCCCGACGAGGACGCCGAGGCCGAGGAAUACCCGGACGAGGAGCUCGUGCCCUCGCGGGUUUUCACCGAGGAGGACUACGCGCAGCGCAUCCCCCAUCCUCAGUACGAGGCCUGGAAGCAGUUGGAGCGGCUGGUCAAGCGCGCGAACUCGGAGACGCUCCACACCUACGUCCUGACGGCCGGGCUCCCUUACGGGGAUGGGGAGGGCCCCUUGGCGGGGCUUCUCCACGCGGCCUGGCGGCAUUACCCCCUGGAGCCGCUUUUCCCCGCGCGCUACGAUCGCUUUCGCCGGCGGCGGCACCGCGGGAACGUCGUCCCGAUGAUCCACGUGCGGGAUCUCUCCGCGAUCAUCUACCGCGUCGGGGCCGCCUUCGAGGUGUUGGGGGAGCGGUAUUUAUUCGCGGUCGAUCAGGGCAAUUGCAGCGUCCAGCAGCUCCUCGACGCGCUGCGGGCGGGAUUCGGGGAUGGCGUCGCCUGGGGCGACCCCCCGGCGAUUUCCUCGGAGCCGGAACGCCCGGCCUUCCCCCCCCUCCCGCCGACGACGAGCACGCGGCCCCCCCUUUCGCCGGGCCCUACUGGCCGCACUUCCUCCUCGAUGUCCGCACCAAACCGGGCAAAGUCCUCGCGUUGUAUGAGGAGGACCGCUGGAUGGCGUUGGGGGGCUUUGUGGAGAACUUGGACAAGGUGA